AUGUUCGACGAAUCUGGGCCAAAGACGAUAGGAUCAUGGGUCAUGGGAUUUUUCAAUGCUGGAAAUGAACACUGGUUCAUGGACUAUUUGGAUGCUCCGGUCUUCAAAGAGUUUUCUAUGCGUCUAAAGCAUCAAACUGGCUUUGAUGCACACAUUCUGAUAGGUAUCUACUCGGCAUAUGUCGCUGGGACAAAUGUAAUCCCUUGGGUCUUCUCGAAGGCGUGGGAUCAUUCAAUGAGCUCAGUUACCCUGGACGCAGAGCAGAACCAAGUUAUCUGUGGAGGUUUGAUGACAUUUGUUGCAGGCCUAUCGUCAUCUUAUAGUACCUCUUGGAUUAAUUUCAAAGGUCAGCACACGAAGAGGCUGAACGACAAAGGCUAUCUGGAUGCUGAUAAGCAGUCGCGGCGAUUUUUCUGGCAUGACAAUACCUUGUACAUGCUACACCGAAAAGAAAAGCGCGAGAAUCCAUCGUUCUAUGAGGAAUACAACUACAUGCUCACGAUCAGUUGUUUCGGGCACAGCGACGAGCCGGUUCGGAAGCUGAUCAAAUUCUGCGAAGACCAGAUAACUAGUAACGAGGGAAUGAAGAUUAUAACUCAUUGUGGAAACAGCCACUCCGAAAACAUGCAUAAAAAGCGCCAACUAGAUACCAUCGAUAUGGAUGAAUGUGAGCGCGACAAGCUCCGACAGGACGCGGCUGACUAUUUCCAUGAGAGCUCGCGAAGCUUUUACGAGGCGGCUGGCACUCCCUAUCGUCGCGGGUAUCUGCUUACAGGCCCUCCGGGGCCCAAGCAACUCACCUUGAGUGCAUUGCUCAAUGCAAUCGAUGGGGCGGGCUCCCAAGAGGGCCGGCUGCUCAUCAUGACGACAAAUGCGCCAAAAUCACUAGAUCCUGCUUUGUACCGCAAUGGUCGCGUGGAUAAGAUUGUUCAAAUGUCCUACAGCACCAGGCAGACAGCGGUGAUGACGUUCAAGCGCAUCUUUGGGCAAGAUCCUCUUAGGCGUCAUGAGGCACACGCCAUCCAACGGUUUGCGAAGAUGUUUGGUGACCACUUUCCGGAGAAGAGUACAAUCACUCCUGCGGAACUGUCGAACUACUGCCUUACUAGACGUGCAAAUCCGGUCAAAGCUAUCAAGGAGUUUUCAGAAUACAUUGAGAAG